UUCAGCCUUUUCACUGCUUGGAAUGCCACCCCCCACCUCCUUGCUCUCCGCCUCGCUCACGCCUCUCUCGCCCUACACCUUCGCCGAAGUGCGUGGCGGCCGGCUGCGAGGCCGCGUCAACGCGACGACCGGCAUGCGCUCCUUCCUCGGCAUCCGCUACGCCGCCCCGCCGCUCGGCGACCUGCGGUGGCGCGAGCCGCUGCCCGAGCCGGGCUGGGCGGGCACUGCCGACGCGCUUGAGUAUGGCAGCGUCUGUCUGCAGAACCCGCUCUUUGGCUGGAACAGCAUCGAGAACCGCGGCAACAUGAGCGAGGACUGCCUCUUUCUCAACGUCGUGGCGCCUCCGCCGCGGCCGCAGCCCUACCCGGUGAUGGUUUACAUCCACGCCGGCGAGUUCCACUUUGGGAGCGGCGCCGACCGAGAGUCGGACGUCCCUCACUUUGCGACCGAUGUCAUCCUCGUGAGCUUCAACUACCGUCUCGGCGUCUUUGGCUUCGCCGGCGCGGACGACCUGCGUGACCGCACGCCCUUCGGCGGCACGGGCAACUACGGCGUGCACGACCAGCGCGCGGCGCUGGGCUGGGUGCGAUCGAGCAUCGGCGCAUUCGGCGGCGAUGCUUCGAACGUGCUCGUGUGGGGCGAGUCCUCGGGCGGCACCUCGGUGGCGCUGCACCUCGUCUCGCCGCGCUCGCACGGCCUCUUCCACAAGGCGAUCCUGCAGUCACCAGGAGUGACGCAGGUCAAGUCGCUGGCCGACGCGCAGCUCAACUACAGAUACACCCUCGCCGCCCUCCUCUCCCGCGGCUCGCCCGGCUGCGUGUCUGGCGGAGGCUACGCCACCUUCCCGGAGACGCGGCUCAAGUCGUGGGGCGGCGGGGUGGUCGGCAGGGCGGCAAACGUCUCUCUCGCGCAGGCGCGCGCCGCGUGCGACGCUGCGGCGGCGUGCCGCGGCUUCACGCUCGAGCGGCGCGGCGAGAGCGGCGCUUUCAAUGCGACGCUCCACGCGGCCGCGGCGCCCAUCUUUGACGUGCGCGCGAGGGAGGGCGGCGCGGCCAGCCUUCCGGCGCCGUUCAGCUACCUCAAGGCGGCGAGGGAGGGGAGCGCCGGGGUGGAGUGCUUGCUGCGCGCGAGUGCGGCGGCGCUGGUCAACGUGACCGACUAUCUCCCUCGCGACGACAGCUUCGAGACGAACGGGUUCGCGCCGGUGGUGGACGGCCGAGACAUGCGCACCACGCUCGUCGACCAGGUGGCCGAGGGACGCUUCAGCCACGGCGUGCCCGUCCUGCUCGGCUCCAACCUUGACGAGGGCACCAUCUUCAUGGAGCUAUCGCCCCCCCUCCCGUGCGCAAACGCGAGCAACGCUUCAUUCGCCGCGUGGGCCGAGGCCAUGUUCGGCGUCGAGACGUCCGCCGCCGUGGGCUACUACUACAUGGCCGCGAUGCGCAGCGCGGGCGACUACGCCAUAACUUGCAGAGUGCGCCAGAUGGCGAGGCACCGCGUCUUCGCCUACUACUUCACGCACACGCCCAACCGCUCCGUCAACUAUGGCCAGCUGCAGAGCAUCGGCGCUUUCCACGGCGCAGAGGUCCCCUUCGCCUUUUACGACGCCUUCGAGCUGUCCACACUGGACGAGCGCUCGCUCGCGGCGGACAUGGGGUGCUACUGGAGGAACUUCGCCCACACCGGCGACCCGAACCGAGGCCCAUCGCCCUGUGUGCGCGCCGCCGUGCCGCCCCGAUGGCCAGAGCUCUCGGCGGCAGGCGGCGAUCGCGCGACGACGCUGCGGCUCGACGUCGGCGCGGCGGGCGGAAUCGCGCCGCUCGUCGGGCUCAAGGACAAACAGUGCGACGCCUUCCUGCCCGCGACUUCUUCUCCCUCUCGCUAGCCGCUGCGGGCGCCGCACCGCUGCCACCAUAUCCGGCCGCCGGCACAUGCGGGUACGUUAGCUGUAUGGAGAGUGUGUGCUGCGGGGUCGAGUUGGCAAGCCAGUUGGGCGCGAUGGGAGGUUAGCUCGUGAUCUCGAUUGGCUGCAACUCCGCUCUCCGGUGUCCGGAAAUGCGGGGUGGCGCGUUCACAUUCGCUCGAGCUGUUAGCAAUUACCCUUACCAUGCGG